AUGCCGAUCGCCCAACAGACGAGCUUAGGAUGGAUCCUGUCCGGGGGCUACGAUGCAGCAGCAACCGAAGGACAUCGCAGCACGUUCCAGUGCACCGCAGACCACGACCUCGCUGACAUGGUUCGACGCUUCUGGGAGCAGGAACGCGAGCCAGUGGCUGGGACACCGCUUACCGCCGAUGAAGCCAGAUGCGAGGACAUCUACGUGCGCACGGUCACACGCACGUCCAGUGGAAGAUACAUGGUGAGGCUGCCAUUUACUUCACCGCCGCCGACAUCGCUCAGCGAGACUCGUCGACCUGCUGAACGCCUACUGGAUGCCAUGGAGCGGAAAGGAGCACGAGAUCGUCGUUUCGGUGACCUCUAUCUAGACUUCAUGGAGGAAUACGAGAACCUACAACAUAUGGAGAAGCGCACACGGUCCGGAGAGUCGCUGAACGCACACCUCCUCACUGGAGCCAAUCUCUUGCCAGCACUCGCUGACGUCCUACUUCGUUGGCGUUGGCAUCGGUACGUGCUCGUCACGGACAUCGAGAAAAUGUACCGACAAAUCCUCGUGCAUCCGGAGGACUGUCGCCUGCAAACUAUCCUGUGGCGCCACAACAGCUCUGACGACGUCCACGAGUACGAGCUGAGGACCGUGACCUAUGGGCUAGCGUGUGCACCCUUCCUCGCCAUCAGGACUCUUCAUCAACUCGCAGCAGACGAAGAGGCACGAUAUCCACGCGGAGUCAAGGCACUGCGACACGACUGCUACGUCGACGACGUGGUCACCGGCGCCGAUAGCUUGGAAGAUGCUAUCGACCUUCAGCAGGAACUACGGAGUCUUUGCACGGCGGGCGGAUUUCCUUUGAGAAAGUGGGCCGCCAACGAUCCUCAGGUGCUCACAGGAAUUCCACCAGAACAUCAGCUGCAACGUGGGCCGCACUCAUGGGAAGAAGAGAGUCACGCUACCCUGGGCCUCCGAUGGCAUCCUCAAGCGAUUGGUUCUCCUUCUCAAUUCGUCCACGUCCAGUCACUGAUCUCACAAAGCGACGAGUUCUAG